GAGCGACCCCUUCUAGUAUUUUUCAGUACGGAUGAUUUUGCGAUUACUUUGUCUAGUCUUAAUGACUAAUGCUCAAUAUAUUUACAAUGGCGUUGGAGAAAAUGGUCAAAACGGUCAGAGCCCCUCGUGGUCCCCGGAAGGAAUGGCUAGAAGUGUAGUGAGACAAGUUCUUACUCCAUACAACAUAACUUCCAGUAACAACGCGGAGACAAACAAUGGAGUUACUAUUCAAUUCCAACUCCGGGGAUAUUCCAAUCCCCAGUCGAUUCUACCAAAUGGCUGGACAUGUGUUUGUCCUCCUGGACACACUUGCAAUUAUCUGAAUCGCCCUCCCGCUUGUUAUUUUGGAUUCACAUUCAUCAUCUCUGCACCUGACACAUCCGUACGACAUCUGGCUACUGAAUUUAUUACCCUGGAUGCAAAUGGUCAGCUUCCAACUUCUCAACAAAGUAGCUGGGAUCAAAAUUAUGUUGUUCAGCUACCGAGUAAACCGUCCGCCAUCGACAUUUUUGCUCAUCACCUCGGCCCAGUAAUCAACCAAGCUGAUGGUGCCCUGGUAGCUGUGGAUACCCUAACCCAUGCGGAUACUUUCGUUGUUCCGCUCUCGGACACUCUUCCAGCUGUUGGUGGUGUUCAAAGUAUGUCGCAGCGCUAUGCGUACCAAGGAAAACUCAUUGGGACCACACUUUAUCUUUCCUACUCCAUUUCCUGCACGGGUUCCCUAAUCGGUCCCAACUGCGAUCUCACUUGCACCCCUUCAACGAUCAGUCCAAGUGUAGCCGCAUGUCGAUCGAACAUCACAGGAUUUUUCUAUGUUUGCCAGUUUCUCAAUGGUGGACAAGUUGAUCACUGCAAAAAUUGUCCAUGGGGAGUCAAGGAAAAUACCUAUUGCCAGGAUGAAGAGGGAGGAGUGCUCAAUCCAGACGAUGCUAGCGUUGUGGACACCGGCUACCGUACCGCUACCAUAAUACUUGGAGUACUCUCUGGAAUAUUGCUAUUUCUUCUUCUCACAGCACUAGCUGCGAUUUUCAUGCUAAGACGCCGACAGCAACCGAUCGAAAAGGAAAUGACGACAUUUGAGAGAAAUGGUGGUGUCGCGGCAACUCGUCCACUAUUGUCUGCCACUUACCGCGCCGAUCAACCGACACCGCUACCGCGAUCACAACCACCCAGUUUAGAUGCUAGACCAACAAAAUCGUCCUUGCGUAAGGCAAUGCUGCCACCAACCUCUCUCAACGACACUCGUGACACGAGCUUCAACAGCAGCGAUCUAACGCCUACGACGGGAAUUAGACCAAGUCGCAGUGAAGUGGUAUAA